CGAUACAUCCCAUCCUAGCACUCCCGCACGGGUGGUGGGCGUGAAGUCAGUAAUUCCCGGAGCAGCUCCCGUCAGCUGAAUUGUUACGAUUGUGCUGGGCGCUGGGCUCUGCUCCUUGAUGGUGUCCUCCGAAGUCAUUCCCCAGGCAGACUUCAAUUUACAGGGGAUGGCGGGGAAGUGGUACCUGAUUGGAUUUGCAACUAAUGCCCAGUGGUUUGCCAACCGCAGAGCUAGCAUGAAGAUGGGCACGGCCAUGUUCACCCCAACUACCGAUGGGGACCUGGACAUGUCAUACGCCAGUCUCAUCUCUGAUGGCUCUUGUUGGAGAAUGAGCAACCUGGCUAAAAAGACCGAUGUGCCUGGAAAGUUCACAUACACAAGUGAGCGCUGGGCGAAUGAGAAUGACAUGCGCAUGGUUGACGUGAAGCCUGACGAAUACGCUCUGACUCACACCAUCAAGACUAAGGGGGGAGAUAACACCAUUGUCAACAAACUAUACGGCCGUGGAGUGGACCUCAGUGCUGAUCUGCUGGAGAAGUUCAGGCAGUUCUCCUUGGAGACUGGCAUCUUGCCUGAAAAUGUUGCUUUCCUUCCAAAAAAUGCGGAGUGCCCAGAUGCCUAGUUUUCUGCCCCGGUCAUCUUAUGUCAGCGAUGUUGUCUGAACACUUUAACCUUUGUUGUGAAUAUUCUACAACUAUCAAGGUCACUCCCAAGAACUGAGACAAUAUCUUUUUAUUUUCAGUUCACAUAUUCUGCUCUUUCAAAUGUUUUAUAAAGAAAUAGCUCGUAAUAUCAUUAAACAUGAUGUAAAGCUUGGUUUCAAUAGAAAAAUACUUUGCUUUCAUCCACAUGCAGCUAUAACAGAGCACCAGCUUUAAAGAUCCCCCCAGACGUUUUUUGUGACAUAUAAAAUGCUCUGCUUUGAAUAAGGGGUUUCUGAUAUGGUUUUUCCAUAAAGAAGUUCAAUUACCUCGUUUAAAAUUCUUCCUUCUCUUGAAAAAGCCAGAUCUAUGAAUAUGCACAUAUUGUUUAUUUCAAAGAUUUAACCACUGGACACAAGACGUCACCUACAUCACUGAAAAGUCUAUUCCCAGCGGGUUUGCA